GUUGCAUGGGCAUCAAGUCCUUAAGCAGCCGUACCCCAAAUUCCAUACCUGCAUCGCCCUCUGUCCCGGCGUCCCCCAGUCGCCCUCAAUUCCCAAUUCCAAGUCCAACAAAAACCAAUAUCCAAAGCGGCCAGAGAAGCUUCCUUGAGAGGCCCAAGGGGGACGGCAGAGAGGCUCCCGGGGACUGGGAGGGACCGCGGUGCCCGCACCUCCUUGGGAGAGUGGGGGGAGGCGGUCGCCGCUACGCCCCCGCCCGGCCCAGCCAGCAGUGCCUCCCCCGCCAGGCGACAGCAGCCAGUGGGGGGAGGCAGAAGCGCCUCCUCCCCGCCCUGAGCCGAGACAGCGGCAUAGGGGGAGGAAGGCGCCUCACCUUAACCCUGAUGAGGGGCGGAUCAUGCCAUGGCAGCGCCAGCAAGCGACAGCGGCGGCGGCGAGCAGAGUCCAACCAGCAGCCCUGGGAGCUCCACAGGAGCAGGAAGCACCGCGGUGGGAGCCCGGGACGGUGGGGAGGCCGGAGCCCGGAGCGCAGCGGUGGCGAUCUCCGGCCUCCCUCCGCUCGAGGACUACGAGUGCAAGAUCUGCUACAACUACUUCGACGCAGACCGGCGCGCGCCCAAGCUGCUGGCGUGCUUGCACACCUUCUGCCAGGAGUGCUUGACCCAACUGCAGCUCCGCGCCGCCGCCGCCGCCGCUACCACCGCGCCUGAACGCCCGCAGCGCCCGCCGCCCUGGCACGGCCCGCCAGGCGCCAUCGCGUGCCCGGUGUGCCGCCACCGCACGCCGCUGCCCGACAGCCGCGUGCAUGGCCUGCCCAACAACACCAAGCUCGCCGAGGCCUUCCCGCUAGCCCUGCGUGCCGCGCACGACCCGCUGCCCCAGGACCGCCUCCCGCCGUUGCCCGCGCGCCGCCCAGCGCCGGCUGCGGCCCUUUCGCCCUCCCCGGCCCAGCUGCCACCGCCGCCGCCCGCCGAGGACGCGGCCAGCGAACCACAGUCCCGCGCCGGCCUGCGCGCCCCAGGCGCCUACGAGAGCUGCCAGAACUGCAAGCGCGCUGCCCUCACCGCAGGCUGCGUCUGUGUCGUCUUCUCCUUCCUCUCCAUGGUGGUGCUGCUCUUCACCGGCCUCAUCUUCGUCAACCACUACAGCGGCGGCGGGGCCGGGGCACCCCCCGGAGGCGGGGCGCCCCCUGGCGCAGCCCCUGCAGCCGGUUCGCCGUCGCCUUCGCCGGUGGGGCCCAUUUGCCUGUCGGUGGCCAGCAUCCUGGCGCUCUUCUCGGUCGUCGUCACUUGGGUCAUCUGCUGGCUCAAGUACCGGCCCGAAGGCGCGGCCCCAGGCUCGGCUGGGGGAAACGGCCCGAGGGCGCGGGGGGCGACGGCGGGUGGCGCGCGGAGGAGCGACACGUAGCGGGGUCCCACUCCUGGCCGCCCUCCUGCACCUCUAGCUACGCGCAGCCCAAGAGGAGAGGGCCUCUGGCCCAGUGCGAUACAGCUUCUUCACUCUUUCCUUGCGG